GCCGUUUUAUAAUAAUUAAAAUAACUAGAAAUUGACACAGAGCUCAAGUUUACCUUCUUUUAUUUUAAACAGAAAGAGAAGGGAGAUAGAGAGAACUUAAACAACCAUGUGCUUUACUUGUCAUUUUUUGCAAAAUACAAAUAAUAUUUUCCCUACUUCCUUACAGCUGUGAAAAUUUCCUCUUGGGUCAUCAUUAGUUAAAAUUGCCUCUCGGAAAAAUAUUCAAACUAUUCUGUACAACAAAUUUAGUUAUUAAAUUAUGUAUAGGCCUAAAUCGUUUGCUCAUGGAGAGUCUACCGGCAUGUUCAGUUCUAUAAUAUAAUAAUGUAUCUUGCAUUUAUGUUGUUGAUCACUGUCAGCUUAAGAGAAGUCGUGGGAACAUGUAAAAGUAGAGCAUCGUUUGGUGGUUGCUGCUCGGGAUAUAUAUACAACUUUGACAGGAGUAAAUGCGAAGAAUGCUCCAUAGGACUUACUGGACCAAAUUGUUCUCUACAAUGCCGCUACCCUAGUUAUGGCCGCCUUUGUCAACAACAAUGUGAUUGCACUGAAAUAUACUGUAACAAGAUUGUCGGCUGUGUCAGCAUUGAAAAAGGAGAUCCCUCCAAACCGAUACUCAUUGUCUUUGUGGUCAUCCUUUCUCUUAUCCUUUCGGCAAUUUCUGUCAAAAAAUUAUCGACCGAAGGAUUUUUUGCAAAAUGGAAAAGGAUUAUACCGAGGGACACAAAUCAAGAAGUUGAGAGAAAAAGCGAUGCACAUUUUUAUAUUGAGGUGCAGGACAAUAAAAACGAAGAAAGUGCAAAUGCAAUUGUAGAUAUAUCAGAGGAAGGGAAUUACACUGAGCCCACUGCAAUGAGCACAGACUAUGCAAGCAUGUCAAAGGAGUACCAGAGAGUAUAUACAAGCCUUUAAAUGUUGACAAUGUGUAAAUAAUACAUACCGAUAUAUCGAUAAUUCUUUUUCGAUGGGAAUAUUUUUAAUAUCUUUUUUCAAAUCAAAAGGUACAAAGCUAUCUAGAUUACUUUCUUUUAUAUGUGUAAAAUUAAACUUCACAUCAUGACUGUUUGGAAAAUUGAUAUUUUUUCUUUGCUUUUCUUUUGUUUUGUUAAUUCUCCGCUGCGUACAUUGAAAUACGUAUACAUCUUAACUUUACUUUAAAUUAAGUGAAAAUGAUCAUUUAUUUUAUUAGUUUGUGUUUCCUGUUAGUUAAAAUUCUGGCAGAAACUUAAUUUUUUUUAGUUUUAACAGUAUAUUGCCCUAAGGCAACUUUUUUACUGACAGGGGGCUGAUUUGCAGAUUUUUAUAGUGUGUCCAUUUAAUUACUAAUCCAAUAUGUGUACAUUAUUGACUGAAUUACAUGUACAUAAUACAGGUAGUUGUUGCAUCCUGCAAAAUUCAAAUAAGUUCAAUCCUGAGUAUAUAAACACCUGUUUUUCCUUUUAAAAGUCUACUGAUUAUGUAAUGAGUCGUGAAACAAAAUUAAAUUUAAUUUAGGUGGCCACCAAUAUAGAAACCUAAAAUGAAUGGUUAUAGUAAUGUUUAUGAAGGACGCAAAACUGUGUUUGUUGGGUAAAAAAAAACACAAUUCAAAAACAAAUGUAUAAGGAAGUGUUAAUGAACUACAUCUUGGAAACAAGAUAUAAUUAUAAUUUUUUUUUUGCAAUCUCAAAAAUUAUAGAUGUUUAAUAAAACAAAGUUGAAUUAAAAAAAAACAAACUAAUAUGUCACUCGUGAUUAUCAAUUACUUUUUUUUUAAUUGAUGGACAAUUCCUGAACGCAAUCAAGUUUAAAAAAAAUAAAAAUACGAUACAUUUUACUAAAAGCAAGUUUCCCAUAAAGAGAUUCUGAU